AUGGAUAAUUUUCUCAGGGAAAUUCUUCUCGAUAAUAUGACAAUUGAUAAUCUACAAUUAUUGAAGAACAAGGUAAAAUCGUCAUCUGAAUCGUUAAAGCAACGUGAUCAGCUCGCAAUUACCCAGUUCUUCUCGAUUCCGGCACAGUUUUCGCCGAUUCCAGCAAGUUCUUUGCCGCCGGAUUCCGGCCGGAACUGCACAGGAAGUAUCCUAUCAGUUCCUGACCGUUUCCAGCUCGAAGUUUGCCGGAACCGGUCGGGAAAUGACUGGAACCUAUGUUUGAACUUCCGGCGGCAAGGAAAUGGUCGGAAAACGAACCUAACCGGCCGGAACCGACCGUGCCAUAAUAACCUGGGUAUUGAUCUCCUUUUAAACUACAUGUAUCGAUACGACAAUUUCGACAGAGAAAUUCUUCAAGCCACUUGCUCGAGUAGCGAAGAAUAUAUUGAUUCUCAAUCGUCGAACAUUAUAGAAUGUGAUCAUUGCGAAAAUGAAAUGGAAAACUUAAAAGAAAUUAUUUGCGAUAAAUUAAAGCUGACUACCGACACAUAUGCUGGUAAUCAAUAUGUCGUUAUAGAAUCGUUACAGGGUGGAUUGCACACAACAACAAAUAAACGAGUCUAUUGUUAUGAAAUAUCGCAAUUGCCUAUCAACAGUUACUUUCUUGAACCGGAAUAUCAAAUAUUCGUUGUAUCACCGAAUGUCAUUGUCAAAUCACCUGAAGGUUAUUUUCUUGGUUAUUCCCGUAUUUUUUACUUUGAUCUUUCCUUUUUCAUUCCAGAGAAAACCAGUGUUCAUUUCGACGAAAAUUUCGAUCAACCUGGAGGUCAGUUGGCAUUAGAAACAAUUCAGCAAAUUUAA